CUUGGCCGUGUGGUUUACGUGGCGUCAUAAGCUUGCAAAAGUUUCUCGCGUGCACGAUUUCGAGAAAUUAUUUAUUCUUUUUUUCUCUCAAGUCACGGUUCAAUUACCUUUUUUUUUCUCCUUUUAUUUUCCUCUUUUCUUUCUUUCUCUCUGUCUUUAUCUUUAUUGCUUCGCUAUUUUCGCUAUUUUCGCUCGAGAAAUAUGUGAGGUGCGUAUCGGGUAAGGAAAAACAUUGCAAAGUGCAGCGAACCUUUCACGUUUCUUUUUCACAAAAGUCUACAUUCAUCACAGGAUGCCUAACGAGAACUUGCCGGUGUGUCCCUGUGGUGUCGUCGUAGACUUGCCAAAGUCGCGAAACAGCUCGAUCGUUUUGGAAAAGCUGACUAUCCUCCUGCCGAAAUCGAAGCGCAAUAAACAGGAAGGUAAAAGCUCGCGGAAGCAGCAAGAUGACAGGCGGGAACUAAAGACUCGAGCAUCGAACGAGACCGGAAGCAGCAGCUCGGCAACAGAAUCCGCGAAACCUACAAUGAAGAGCAGCAAGCAUAAGAAGCGAUUCGAUCAAUCGCGAAGGACUCGAAGCGCCGAUAGCGCUGAAUCGCAUUACACUUACAUCGACUCAGGCUCGAGUAUCCUCGAUGAUGAAAAUGGAGAAAACACCACCAUACCCGAAGUAUCAUACGCCAGCGUACCAAAUACGGCGAAUGCGAAUGCCGAAGAAAUUAGGAUUAGUCGGUCAAGUAUGCAAAGCAGAUCGCAAGCUUUGUACACCGCUAUUCCAUCAAUGACAUCACCACCACCGACGUACGAUGUCGCGAUUGCGAAAUCGUGGCAGACCGGUCUGCCACCGACAUACGAGGAACAUUUGCAUCAUAAAUAUGCAAUGAUGUCACGCUCGCAUACUCCUCCACCAUCAUGGUCAGAUUCGAUGACAACAUCGUCGUCGACAUCGUCGUCUAAUCCGACUUCGAGUGUCCAGCAUCGUAAUCUCUUACCUAGUCAGCCCGAGCUUCGCGAGUAUCUAGCUCAGCUGACACUUGAUUCGCACAAUCAACAUCGACAGCAACAGCGGCAACAAUCUAGAGAUACUGUUUGUUCCGCCUUGAGAGAACAGCAGAUCAGAGCGCAUCAUCGAGCACGAGCGAUGCCUCCCAGAUCGCAGAGCGAAAAUCGAGCGCAACAGCAACGAAUGGCAGCAAUGUAUGAAGAUGCAGCGUUUUGCAUGGAAACUACGGUAUUGCAAGCGGCCUUUGAUUCUGGAUUCACCCCUUGCAGCUUAAUGUAAAAGUACGACAAUUUUUGCCUCCACAUAAAAAGAUAGAUAUGGCGAGCAAAUUGACAUCAAUUAAUAAUCGAGUCCUACAAGUCGAAUCUGUCCUGCAAUGCAAAGAAAAUACUUGCGAAAGAAUUCAAUCAUGAAUGAUGCAUCAAUCUUUUUACGGAUGCAACGAUAUGCAGUAUUAUCAGGAAAAAAAAAUAUAUCGUUAAACAUCGCGAUAAAUAAUUGCUCUUUUAAUUUGCUCUUUUGUCAGUCGUUACAAUACAUAGAAAUCAUUUUAGUUGUAUUUUUCGCGUUAUGCAACUUGCAAUUACGACGCCCGGUAAUUAUGAGAAAAUCGUUAAAGGAGAGAGAGAGACAGUUAUUUUUAUCUUUCGCGAAUCACACUCCUUACUGUUUCGUCUUAGCACAGAAAAUUUAUAAAUAUAAAGGAAUGCUGUGUAGGCAUACUUGUGGUCCUAACAACAUACAAAGUAGAAAGUAGUAUGCAAAAUUGAUGUUAAUAUAACAUAUUGUAUAGCGUAGCGCGACGUAUGUAUGUGCGUUAGAGCACGCAAAAGAGAAAAUCUCAUAUUAUACAAUAGUAUAUCUACUGUUUUAAACACACGCACACAUAAUAAAGUGAGAAAAUACUAAUUUUAAUCAAAUAUGGAACAAAUAUACACGUAUACAAUAAGUUCAAAUUAAAUAUAUUGCGAAUGAAUUCUAUAUAUGUAUUAUAAGCAA